CAGCGCGCUUGCGCGGAGCGGCCCUGCGCCGAGCGAGGCCGUGGCGGGGGAAGGCACAGCGGGGCCGACGGGCGGGCUGUGGGAGGAAAGCGGGCGAGCGAAGUCCCAGUGCGCGCCGCGGCGGCCCCGGCGUCCUCCCCUUCCGGGCGUGAGGUACUGAAGAAGAGCCGAGCCGAGCGACUCGGCCGGCAGCUCCCGCCGCCCGCGCCCGGCUUCCCUCGGCGUCGCGCUCCGGCCGCAGGGCCCGGUUCCUCGGCGCUCCAGCCUCUGCCACCCCCAGGUCCUGUCCCUGCCCUUCGGCAGCCCCGGUGCCAGCCCGGGCCCGCGGCGGGAAGGAUGACGGAACUGCAGUCGGCGCUGCUCCUGCGAAGACAGCUGGCAGAACUGAAUAAAAAUCCAGUGGAAGGCUUUUCAGCAGGUUUAAUAGAUGAUAAUGACCUCUACCGAUGGGAAGUUCUUAUUAUUGGUCCUCCAGAUACCCUCUAUGAAGGUGGUGUUUUUAAGGCUCAUCUCACUUUCCCAAAAGAUUAUCCUCUUCGGCCGCCUAAAAUGAAAUUUAUUACAGAAAUCUGGCACCCAAAUGUUGAUAAAAAUGGCGACGUUUGCAUUUCUAUUCUUCAUGAACCUGGGGAGGAUAAAUACGGUUAUGAAAAACCAGAGGAACGCUGGCUCCCUAUCCACACUGUGGAAACCAUUAUGAUAAGUGUCAUUUCCAUGUUAGCAGACCCCAAUGGAGACUCUCCUGCUAAUGUUGAUGCUGCGAAAGAAUGGAGGGAAGACAGAAAUGGAGAAUUUAAAAGGAAAGUUGCCCGCUGUGUAAGAAAAAGCCAAGAGACUGCUUUUGAGUGACAUUUAUUAUACAGCUAGCAACUUCACUUAUUUCAGGGUCUCCAAUUGAGAAACAUGGCACUGUUUUUCCUGCACUCUACCCACCUAUUGCUGGACUUCUGUUGUAACAAGUUGGCAUAUACUGGCUGGAACUGGGCUGCAAUAAAACAUGCCAGUUAUCAAUGCUGACAAGAGCCUAACAAGUGCCAACUUACAGAUGAUUACGCAUUUUGAAUUCUAAUGAACUGUUUUAACCUUCAGGAAGAAUUGUAAAGACCUGUACAUAGCACAACAUGAUCCGGAUAAUAUAUAUACUGUUCAUGUACAUCCACAAAUACACCUUGUACCAAAUAAUGCUUUCUUGUAGUAGAGUAAGAAUCGUGUAAAUUGUAAAAGAUUUUAGCAGGUUUUCUUUCCCUUUUCAUUGUUUCUUAUCAGUUUAAAGAGACUCUUUAAAGCAUGUCAGAAAAAAACCAAUUAGGAUUAAAGUUUCCAUUUAAUUUCCUUUAAACAUUAAGGCUUCAUUAAACUUUUCACAUACUAAACUUUUGUAUCUUCUUUGUUUUGACCCCCCUCUUCACUUUUAUCUCUUUUUUUCUGCCAGGAAGUUCUCAUAUCAUUUCAUUCAAGUACUAAAGUUCUUACUAAGUACUUGAUUUUUCACGAUGACCUUCGGAGCGCUGGUCAUCACUAGGUGCUUUUGUCCCUUUCGUAUUCAGGUUGCACCAUCUCAUGGAUUGGAUGUAGCAAUAAAAUUUUCUGGCUGUUGAGAGCUCUUGAUCCAUCUAGACAUUACCUGCAAGAACUAAAAAAAAUGUUAGUUCUCAACGUACUGAAAUUUAUUCCAAAACGAUACAAAAUUCUGAUCUGGUUUUAUUAUUGCCUGUAAUUUACCUAAUAUUAAGGUUGGAUACUUAAAGCAUGCACAGCUACAGGCUUUCUUCUUGGAUUUGCUUUCUUCAGGAUUUGCUACUAAAAAUGCCAUCAGCCUGCAUACCCUUCCCCUUAGUCUUCAUGUUUCUUUGCCACUAUUCUAUACUAGAAAUUUUUCUUCCCUGUUGUACAAAGAAAUUGCGAUGUAUAUUUUCAUGUCAUUUGAUUUUGGAAUUCUGUCACCUGUAGUGAGUUCUUCCAAAAUACACUUUUUCCAAUAAUUGUCAAGUUGUUGGCUUUUAUUGUAUUGAAUGAAGGUUAUAAUACUGAAUGCCAGAAAAGUUCUUUUUAGGGGGAAAAAAACUCAGGUGGAUUCCUUAUGCAAACAAACUUAGUACUUGAAAACCAUAUAGCCCUGGCAGUAUAUGUAUUGGGUUCUGUCUAGAUUCUUAAGAAAAACCAAAAGCCAAGGGUAAAUGCUUUGCGAAUUGGCAUACAGAUUCUGUACAGACAUCAUGCAUUUAGAUUUGAUUAAUGUUUGGGCAUAAGUUCUCAUUUCAUAUUAUAGUUUUGGGUUUUUGAAACAGUUCAAAAAUUGGCAUAUGCAGACCUAAAGGCAGACCUGUUCUCCCAUUUCUAAAUUUUUCUUAUACUCUUGAGAAUGAAAAUAGUGUUUGGCAUGUUUGGAUAAUACUUAAGACAUAUAUAUGGGCGUAGUGUUUUUGAGAAUUGGAGCAUCUCUGCUCUGGGUUUGGAGAAAUGCUUUGUCAGAAUAGUGAAAGGAUUUUUGCAGAAAGCAGUCACAGAGUGGUUUUUCGAAAUCCUUGUCUGUUUUCUUUGCUGAAACCUUGUAAAAACCCAGAUGUAUAGUGACUAUGAGAAAACUCUGAUUUGAUUUGUUGGAGCCUAACUUCUUUCAAGAACUUUUGACUCCGCCCCCCCCCCCCCCCAAAAAAAAAAAAAGUAAAAAUUGUUGGCUAGUUCUACAAGGGACUUGGAACGCAGUCCUUUUAAUUGUUAAAUCAGAAACUACCCACAUUAUGGUUGCUGUGGCAAUAUGGAGUUAGAAAUUUACCCUCCUAUUGCUGUAAUUCUACUAGCAAUCUGUUGGUUUAACUGCUCAGCAAGUAGCAAAUGAUCUAAUAACUCAGGGACAACUAUUUCUGAACUUCAAGUGCCACUUUAAUGCAGUUACUUUGAGCUAACCAUAUGAUUCUACAUUGAAGGGGAUUAAAUGGAAUGAAUGCUUCUCUCCUCACUAUUUUACACCAGUUCCCCUAGCCAUGCCAUAAACUGAAAUUCAGGUCUUAAUAGACCUUAGAACUUCCUUUCUUCUCUCAGAGAUGUCAUCUGUGCCUUUCUCGGUGAUCACCUGACAAUGUGUAUUUAAAUGCCUCUACAUUUGAUAUAAAGCUCACAGUCAGGUGACACUGGAUCAGGUGGCUUUUGUCCCACCAGUGCCUCUCAUCAUUAGUGUGAGGCGAUCUUUCUCUGUUUCAGGAAAAGGAUGUUUUUCUUCAUAACCUGGGACAACUAUUGAAGUACAUCUCCGUUGUCCUUUGGGUUAUAGUAGAACUGUUGGCUGUUUGCUAAGUUUAUUUCAAGUUCUUGUAGAGGCUUAUACAUUUAAGUCUGUUUAUAAAGGAGGAAUGGAUGAUCUCCAUGGCUUUCCUAACCUCUUUUGAGGAUUUCCUUGUCAUUAAAGGCAAUAUGUUUAUGAGGUUAUUCUAGUUCUUGGGUGUCCUAGUAUCAUUAAUAGCCUUCAUUUCCAGUGUGAUACUAUAUGUUCACUCACCCUCUACAAUUCUUCCCACUUGGCGGGAGGGGUGGGUACUGCCUGUGUAUCUUUGCCCAUCUGGUCUCCAGUUGGUGGAAUUGCCCUUUUUGUACUGCCAUUUCUCAGCAUCUUUGAAAUUUGAUAUAAUGUUGCUUCAUUCCAGCUGGUUUUUUUUUUUUAAGAUCUGUAAUUUGUUGAUUGUAUUUAACUAUGUGAGUUCUGUUGUGAUGUUUACUGUAUUGUAAAGCACCUCAAAUUAUGUGAUGGGUGCUCUAUAAAUCAAUAAAUGAUGACUUAGAGGCUGCA